UCUAGCUCUUUCAAUUUGAAACAAACUCAGAAAAACAAAAACAAAAACAAAUUCCAAAAUUACUGAUUUAUAUAUUUCCUUUUCCUCUCAUUUCAUUUCUCACUUUCAAAGAAAAUGGUUGAUUUAGAUUGGAAAUCAAAGAUCGCCUCACCCAACAUGCCUAACAAAUCUCCAAAAUUCUCUAACAAGCUCCAGGUUUCGGUUCCGUUUACCUAUCGUGCCGCCGAAAUAUCGGCUGCUUCCGAUGCUUCUUGUUCAGCUUACGAGAACUACCUUCGCUUACCGGAGCUCCGAAAGUUGUGGAGCUCCAAGGAUUUCCCUAGUUGGAAAAACGAGUCUGUGCUCAAACCGGCCUUGCAAGCUUUAGAGAUUUCGUUCCGGUUCGUUUCCACGGUUUUGUCCGACCCGAGACCGUACGCGAACCGUCGCGAGUGGAAGCGGAGACUCGAGUCGCUCACGACGAGUCAGAUACAGCUCAUAGCGAAUCUCUGCGAAGACGAAGAGGAAGACGGCGAGACACGCGGCGAGGCUCCGAUCGUCGAUUUGAGAUCAUCCAACGGCGUGUUGGCUCGCGAUGGGAGCUACGCUGAGGUGUGGAAGGUUCCAGGUGAAGCGGAAGCCACCGUGGUGAGCCGUACGAGCGAGACCAGCUUGCUCCCUCGUCUCGCCACGUGGCACAAAUCCGAAGACAUCGCUGAGAAGAUAUUGUAUUCCAUCGAGUGCGAGAUGAGGAGGUGUCCGUACACUCUAGGCUUGGGAGAGCCGAACCUAGAUGGGAAGCCGAACCUAGAAUACGACGCCGUUUGCAAGCCGAGCGAGCUUCACAGCUUGAAAAGGAGUCCGUACGAUCAGAUCCAGAACUACGAGAAUCAGACGGUGUACACCACGCUUCAAAUCCUCGAGUCGUGGAUCUACGUGACUCAACAGAUGUUGAAGCGAGUCACUGAGCGAGUCGAAGCUCAGAAAUUCGAAAAAGCUGCGAGUGAUUGUUAUUUGAUCGAGCGGAUCUGGAAGCUUCUCUCCGAGAUCGAAGAUCUUCACGUGUUAAUGGACCCGGACGAUUUUCUCAGACUCAAGAACCAACUCAACGUUAACUCGAUCAACGAAACGCAACCGUUUUGUUUCAGGUCGAAAGCGUUGGUGGAGAUCACGAAGCAAUGCAAGGAUCUGAAGCACAAAGUGCCGUACAUUCUAGGCGUUGAAGUGGACCCCAAAGGUGGACCUAGGGUUCAAGAAUCGGCCAUGAAGCUUUACAGCGAGAAGAGAGAGUUCGAGAAGGUUUAUCUUCUUCAAGCUUUGCAAUCGAUCGAGUCAGCAAUGAAAAGGUUCUACUUCGCGUACAAGCAAUUGCUUGUGGUUGUGAUGGGGAGCUUGGAGGCUAACGCGAACCGAGUUGUGGUCAGCUCCGACUCGUGUGACUCGCUGAGUCGGAUCUUCCUCGAGCCUACCUACUUUCCGAGUUUGGACGCGGCGAAGACGUUUUUGGGGGAUUUUUGGAACCAUGAACACGGUGCGUCUGGCUUGGAAAGAUCGACUCGGAGGACUCGGUGAAUCGUACUGGGUGUGACGUGAGAGUCAACGACUGUUUGACUCGUAUGUUACCAUUAUAGGGAAACCUAAUUAGUUUUAGGUUUUACACACAUGGAAAUUGAAAAUUUAAUUAUUCUUUGUAUAAUUAUACAUUCUGAAUUUCUAUUAUUGUACCAUUAGCUUUUUUGGCCAGUGUUUGUACCAUUAGUUUUUCCUUUGAUCUUGUAAAAUUUUUCUGGUCCCAUAUUGUUUUUAAUGGUGCUUGAUGAAUGGAGAUUUUUUCGAAAACAA